AUGAAUGCUCCAAACUUCUGGACGAUGAAGGAGCUCGAAGGCCCGGCAUUGUCAUGGCUGUGGAUGCUGCAACUGCUGCAACGGCCAUCCGGCGGGAAAAAAAACACCGGUUGGGCCAGGGAGAAGCCACGGCGAAAUGGCGGGGUUUUCCAAUUGAAGCACCGGCGCUUGUUCUCAGGUGCUGUACCCCCAGAGGAUAGUGGUCCUGCUCCUUGCAGUGAUCGGCGGACCCCUGGUCAUGAUUGUCCUUCAGCAACGGAGUAUCCUUUACAGGCCUUGAGAUGGCAACCUUCGCCAGAUCAGUGGGUUGGAUCGACCAAGAUACAGUACCCCGCCCCCCCCAAAAAAAUUGCUGGGCACCUUCAGUAG